UCCAUUCUCUCAGUUUCUAUUCAAACUUUGACCAAGCACCUACAUAUCAGUCGUACUUUCCAUACUCGCAGUUUUUUUCAACUAAAUACAUACAAAUUUUCAUCCCCCAAAUUUUUUAACGAACUAAUUUCUCCAAAUAUAUUUGCCACCAUGCGUCCCAAUAAUUUCGGAAUCACCUUUCUCCUCGUAAUUCUUGUGCUAUUUGCCACCCUGGGCCAUUCGAGUGGGGCCAGCUUAACUGCAAAACUGGGAAAACCAAAAUAUUUUGGGAGGCAAAAGAGACACCUUCAACAAAAAAUGGACUUGGACGACCCUCGAAAUUUGCGAACCUUAACGUCUGACAAGGAAUUAGUCACGAGUCUUACCUUGCCUCAUGCCCGUGAAGUCUCAUCCGCAAAAGAUGUCACCAUAUCUGUUCGAGAGCCAAAAUCCAUGCCAGGUAGAGACGUAGCCUCGAGGGUUCGAAACAUCAUCGCCGAACAACUUGACGUCGACAUUGGGCAAAUUGACGACAACGCGUCCCUGAUCGAAGAUUUGGGCGCAGAUUCCCUUGGCCUUGUCGAACUAAUUUUGGCGAUUGAGGAAGAAUUCGAGUGUGACAUCCCGGACGAAGACGCCGAGCAAAUAAAAACGGUUAUCGAUUUGAUCAAUUAUGUGAAGAGAGGGUGUCUCGGAGGGUAAUUUUAUAGAGUAGAUUUGCAUUAAUAUGGCUUCCUUGUGUGUUAUGAAUUUGUGAGGUUUUUUUAAAUUUCGAUUUUAAAUUUUGUUUUGCAUUUUCUUAAGUAUUUACAUGUAUGUACAUACAUAUGUAUGUACAUACAUAUGUAUGUGAUUGUCAGAAAAAGUAAUAAUAUGUA